GGGAGGAGGGAAAGGAGGAGUACAUGGGGAGCGGGUGGUGGAUGGGAGGUAGUGGGGAAAGAGCAACUCUUAAGGUGCCCUGACAUGCAGCAGUGGCUCUGGUGCGGCAGCAGGUAGCUGGCAUUGCAGUCGUACAUGAUGUGACUGAAAGGACGCUGGACGUCAACCGCUUGAACCUAGGAAGAACACUGGUUGAAGCCCUUUGCGAGGAGUUGUUAGCUUGUUACGUAGGAAGGCUACGGGACAGGAGGCAGGACGAUGGUUGAACUGAAGAAUUGAAACGACGGUUAUGAGGCGGGUGUUGUGCCCGGUUUACAGUUGACUGGUAGACUGGCGUCAUGCAGUGCUUGGGAAGCGGCGGAAGGAGGGCAGCGCAGCCUUAGGUUUGCAUUCGUAGGGGAGCUUGGCGUUGGCUGUGAUGAAGAAAUGCGUUUUGGUAGCAUUUGCUAGCAUUGCGCAGGGCGGCUGAGGAGCUGAGGCCGCCGUCGGUUGGGCUGGGGAGGACCAUGUUUGAGGGUUACGGGGGCUUCAACGAUGCGUAGCAGCAUAUGUUGGGAAGGGCUUGGGGUACAGGGGCCGAGGAAUGCUUGGGUGUAGCAUGAUGCUGGGAUGGAGGCGGGUCGCCUGACAAGAGCCUGGGCUUGUUGCAUGGAGGCGCAUGUUGGCAUGCAAGUCAGGAUUACGCCAACGCUGACGCGGGUGAGUGCAGGUUGGGGGCAGGGAGACCAGAGUCUACUGUCGUGGACUUGGAAUGGAUUAUGUAGCUGCUGCUGCCGCUUGAGCCUUGUUGAGUGGGUCGUCCUUCCGUAUAACCACUGUCGGCGGAAUCUGUUACCGAACGUCUACGAACUAACUGAGGGUCGGCAAUGCUAUGCUUCCGGAGCACCCCUCGGCCCUUGUAGCGUUAAUCCUGGCGACUCGGCCAACUUUGCGUGCGACAGAAAAACGUAUGCAAGGAUUCCGACCUUCACGGCUAGACCCUGCACUGCGAACAGCCCAACUGCGUCGGGACUAUAAGAACGAUAUAUUUGCUCUUUGAUGUUGCCAAAUGUUAAUUAGGUUAUACACAUAUGAGCAUAAAGCUUGACGCGUAAAGCUUUGAGCUGAAGCUUUAGUCGUUUUACUCGCAUAGCUGCGCUUCCUAAGGAAGAUUCACUAUCGGCAACAUGUCUUCAAUUUGCGGCGUGUAACGACGCCUUUACUGGGAAGCUCCGCCCUUCCCUUCCCAUUCGUCCUACCUGUGGAGUGUGGACCUUUUCGUGCGACCUUCCGUAUUCAACAUGAGAAUAGGAUGGCUACUAACCAUUGGUUGGCUAUUGGCGAUCUUAUCUUACGCAACAUCUUCGCAAGAGCCUAUUACAAUUACAAUGGAGUACCAAAUCGACGGGCUCAGUACGGAUCAGCAGACCAUGCUGAAAGCCACCAUGACAGCCGCUUACAGGGCUCUUCAGAAAUACGUUCUGGCGGACUCUCCCCCAUCCUACCUGCUCUCUGAGCAAGUGUGCCGUAACUACACCCUCCCCUCACCGCCACCAACCCCGCCUCCACCGCCACUGUCACCCCAGUCACCCCCGCCGCCGCAAUCUCCGCCACAACCGCCUCCUGCCACCCCCAGCCCCCCAACCCCACCUCCUCCUGCCAUCCCCAGCCCCCAAACGCCACCACCUCCCAACCUCCGCCGCCGCCUGCUGUCUCAAACCAGCGACGCCGCAGCAACUCGCCACGCAACUCCCCUUGACGACGCCACCAGCCACCGCCGCCGCCACCACAGACAGCUGCUGGAGUCCUCCUCCUCUACCACCCCCACCACCCCCACCACCGUCCAGCGCUGCUACCCCGACUGGUCCGAGGGCGCCCACCCGCUGCAGGCGCAAUGCGGCUGGGCGGACAUCAGCCCCCGACACGUGAGGGACUGGGCGGCGGAGGGAGGGGCGGCGGUGGCCGUGGAUGGCGGCCCCGGCGAGUUGACGCACCUGUACCUCUACGUCACCGCCUCCUCCUCCUCCGAGCUGUGCGCCCCCGCCGCCGACAUCCGCCACUCCACCUGCCUCUACGCCCCCGCCUCCGGCCGACCCACCAUGGCAGCAGUCAACGUGUGCCCGCAGGCGCUUGACCGCUACGAGCCCAACCUGCUGGUGGCGAGGGCGCUGCGGGCGCUGCUGAGGGCGCUGGGUGUGGAGCGGGUGGGGUUCUUCCGCUCCGCGCCGCUGUCCACCGCUCGCAGCUUCCUGGUGGCGCGGAGGGACGCGGCGGGGCGCAGCCUGCGCUUCCUGGCCACACCGCUGGUCACACAGGCCGUCCGCUCCCACUUCAGCUGCCCCACCGCCCCGGGUGCCCUGCUGGAGGACGCGUUGCCCGCCUUCUCCGCCCUCGCUGCCUCCCCCCGCCGCGACGCCAGCCUGCUGCUGCUGGCGCCGGGCGAGGCGCUGGCGGAUGCGGAGUACCUGGAGCGGGGGGCGCUGGGCUUCCCGGGCUGGGAGACCACCCACUUCCAGGGUGACCUCCUGGUAGCAGACCCCGACCCCGCCCCCGCCUCCGGCCUCUCCCCGCAGCUCACCGCCCUCUCCCUGGCGCUGCUGGCGGACAGCGGCUGGUGGGGCGUGAACGGCAGCGCGGCGGGGCACUGGG